UUAAGCCAAGGCUGUCAUUGGACAAACUGCAUGAUUCGUAUAUUCAUUCGGUUCUCCAUUGGUUAACAUUUCACUUUUAAUUAAAAUUGAUAAAAAAUAAAAUUAUUCUUUAAUAGCAACUCUAUUUUUUUGGUUGGCUCAAAAUGAUUUUAAAUCUGGUUCAAGAAAACCCAUUUCUUUCUUUAAUUUCAAUUCUGACCGUGUUAGUAGUGUCUCUCAUAACAAAAGUGUUUUACACGGGAGACAAAAGGUUCCAUGAAUUGAGUAAGGUUAUUCCUGGACCAAAGCAAAGUCCUCUGAUUGGAAACUCGUUCGAAUUAUUGGGCUCUGCAAGUGAGAUUCUGCUAAAGUUUUCAAAGUGGACGAAUCAAUAUGGGCCAAGGGUUAUAUAUCGCAUAGGUUCUUACUGGAUGGUGACGUUGUCGGGGGCGAAAGAUUUGGAGAAAGUACUGUCAUCAACAACGGAAACUAAAAAGGGAAUUGAUUACGAGCAGUUUAUUCCUUGGUUGGGAGAGGGGUUGCUUAUUUCCAAUGGAAAAAAAUGGUCCCAACGAAGAAAAAUAUUAACUGCAGCUUUCCAUUUUAAAAUUUUGGAGAAUUUUGUUGACAUUUUCAACGAUCAUGCCAAAAAUUUCGUCAAUCUAUUAAAGAAACAAUUUCUAAAUGGGGAAAAGUUUGAUAUUGCGCAAUUCAUUACGGAGUGUACACUGGAAAUCAUUUGUGAGACAGCGAUGGGAGUUAAAAUGAGUAGUCAAACAGAACAUGGAAAAAAAUACAUAAGGGCCUUGAGUCGGAUGAAAGAGCUUCAACUUUACCGAAGUCUAAGACCAUGGUUAGAAUCCAAGUUGAUUUGGGACACGUUUUCAUAUGGAAAGGAGGAACAAAAGCUAAUUACCAUUUUGCACGCAUUUACAAAUGAAGUGAAAUAUAAAAUUUAUAAAGUUAUUAUAGAAAGAAAGAAACAAUUUUUGGCUGAUAGAUCUGAAAAAAAUCUUUCUGCUGUUGAAUCAAAUUGUGGAAAAACACGUUUAGCGUUGUUGGACCUUAUGUUCGAAGCCCAACUCAAUGGAGAAGCUUUUGACGAUGCAGGGAUCCGUGAAGAAGCAGAAACAUUCAUGUUUGGGGGUCAUGAUACAACUGCAACUGCAGCAGGAUUUACCAUAUUUCACAUUGGAAAUCAUCCCGAAGUUCAGGUCAAGCUUCAGGAAGAAUUGGAUGAGGUUUUCGGUAAAGGUGAAGCGAUGCGACCAGUGACACUUGACGACUUGUCAAAAUUAAAAUAUUUAGAGUGUUGCAUAAAAGAAUCUAUGCGACUUACUGCCCCUGUACCAAUGACCAGUCGCAGCGUCGUAACGGAAUUAGAGCUUGAGAAAGGGGUAACUCUUCCUCCUAAAACGUUGGUAUUAUUUUUCCCGUUCGAACUGCACCGUGACCCUGAGGUGUUCCCUAACCCAUUGGCUUAUAAACCGGAGCGAUUUCUACCCGAAAACUCGAUCGGGCGCAAUUCUUUUGCAUACCUUCCAUUUUCUGCAGGUCCUAGAAAUUGCAUAGGACAGAAAUUUGCUAUGAUCGAAGAGAAAAUUCUACUUGCAACCAUUUUCCGUAAUUUACGGAUAGAAUCAUGUGAAAAAUUAGAGGAUUUGGUGUUAUCCGCAAAUAUUGUGUUACAUUCUGAGAAUGGGAUAAAUGUCAAAAUUCAUUCUCGUUAAGUUUGCUACUACGCUAUCUAUAUUGAAUUGUUACACUGAUCCAUCCUUAUGAAAUAAAUCAAUCAGAAAUCACUA